AUGUUCGGAGUAAGGAUAUUGGGCCGAUGUUCUGCGACAUCCCUUCGCAAUUUUUCUACAAAGACGACGCAGAAUUUCUCAAAGUCAUCGAGGCAAUUUCCAUCUCGAAACUGCAACCGGCUGUUCCAAACUGAGGCUAAAACAUGGAGAACUUGGGAAGGAACUACAAAAGCACCUGGUAUAACUGGUAAGCUAGUAAAAAAAGUGCAUAAAAUGGUACUCGUGAAUGUAUGAGGGAAAUUUUCUGAACAGACUGUAAAUUUUUUUAACUGCAAUCAAAGCACUUUACUAGACUCAGUGUGGUGGUGAUCUUUGCAAUUACAUUAGUUUAGUUCUGUAAAAUAUUUUUUCCUUACAUUUAGUACUUUUGGAAUCCGUCAGGUUAAUCACACAUUUGUGAAGAUCAUAUCCACAUUCAUCUGUUGCGUUCACGGUUCACAUGUAAUAGCCUGCAAACACAGCUGUCUCUCUUCCAGGGUGCAAAGAGAGCCAGUUUAACAGCUUGCCAUUUUGACGAGCUGUACCUAGCAUGUACUAGCCCAAAAGUCAUUUUAAUUUGCGUUCGUCCCCCCCAAAAGAAGAAAAAAAAAUUACUUGAGCAGGACUGAUUACAGUUCUUUUGUAAUUUCAAUUCCCUGCCUGUCAGACAAAUUUUACCCGAUAACGUACAUUUGUAUCCAUUAGCCCUGGGCUAUCGGACACGACUUCCUUCGCAUUCUGCUCUUCUAGCUCCUCGCUGGCAGGAACAUUUUGCAGGAGAGAUUUCUGCGAUCAGUUUGGCCCCUAAAAAUGUGCUCAAGGUUUAUUAAUCUGGUAGUCUUGUGGACAGGGUUCCAGGUGUAAAAAAUUGUUCGAUUUUUUCUUUCUCUUGGUCUAUUAUUGUAAAGUUUUGAGUUCUUUUGUGAAAAAGUGGCAGCAAAACUCAAAUGCCUCUUGUAAUAGAAGAUUAUAUUCCAUGAAUAAUGACUGUUUUUAGUAGAUUUAUGGUAGUUACAUUAUUGUACAUGUACAUUCAAUCUUUGUGAUCUUGUGUCUGUCAUUCUGAUAAACAAUAAAUAAAGAUUAGAAUUACUAUGUUGACCAAUCAUCACUUGUUGACCAGAUUCUAGACAAAAAAUUAAUUAAUCUUUGUCAUCAGUUUCAGGUUGGGAUUGAGGCCAAAUAGCAAAUGCCUCUCCCACAAAAUGUCCCAAGUAGCAAGGAGCCAGGGGAAAUAGCUUUAUUCGCAGGCUAUUCUACAGUCUAUGAUAAGAAUUAGAUUUAAUUUGGUUACAAACUUUCUGCUCUAUGGGUGGUUCGAGAAGCUUAUUGUGAUAGAAGGCAGCUUCCUGUCUUUGCAAAAUUGUAACCAUAUCAUAAUCUGGUCAAGCCUUUAUUUUUUCAGCUAUUUUGUGACUACUUUUAUGAUACCAUGAUGAUAUGUACUUUGUAGCAAGGUCAAAAAAUACUGCAGAAAAUUUCUUUCCCAGGGUGAAGAUGUAUCUGACCUCAAAGAAUUACUGUUCAUGAGAGGGAUAAAGACUGUUACCCUUAAAUUAAUGUUCUUUAUUGUUUUGCAUUUGAUUGGUGGGCUGAUUCCUCCCAAAAAGAACCACUGUUGCUCAAUUUAAGAUCCUAACAUUACUUCUCCUUGACAUUAUUUUUUUUACAGCUGAAACAGCUGGGCGUGCUGCACUAGGUGGGGCCGCAUUGUUUGGUGUAGGUGCCUUGUGUUAUUAUGGCCUUGGAUUGUCCAAUGAAGUGGGAGCUAUUGAUCGAGCAAUGGUGUGGCCACAGGUUGUGCGUGAUCGCGUUAGGUCAACUUACACCUACUUUGCUGGAAGUUUGGCUGUGACAGCAGCUACCGCGUAUGGCAUAAGUCAGAGCAGAGCUAUCUACACCAUGAUGAGAGCUAGUCCGUGGCUUGUAAGUGUUCUUUUGCUUUUAAAAACACCUAUAUGCUUCCUCAUAUUCAUAUUAGCCUUCCAUGCCGGUGUUCUUGGGUUUUUGUCACCUGUUCGUUUCUAGCACUAACAGGUAAACAGGGCUGUCAAAAAGUUUUUAAGUGGCAGGAUGAUAAUGAAAAGUUGGCGGAACUCACACCAAAGGCACAAGUCCUUGAGGGCUGAGGAAUCUAGGGACACUUUAAAAUUUAAAGUCUCGGAAAUGGCAUUUCCAGGGGCUUUCAAUAGGUAUUUUCCACCGUGGACGCCAUGUUGUUUUGUCAGAAUACACUCAAGACUGGAAACAAUGCCAUCGAAAUGUCCCAAGCAUUCCACAACAUCACAUGGUUCAAACGUUUCACAGAUCCAAACCUGUUUAAAAUAAUGUGUUCAAUGUCAUUCAAAACUUGGAAACGGAUGUUUUAAAAUCUUAUUCGAUGGUGCUUUUUUUUGUUAGUAGUUGUGGUAGAAGGAGAUCAAAGUAGCCAGCUAAGGAUAGCUAACUAGCCGACAGUUUUGGCUGGCUACCAGCCCUUAUUGACAUCUCUGGGUAAAGGCCCUGGCAGGGAAAGAUCCUGACAAUUUGACUGACUUGGCAAACUUCGAAUUAUCUAAAAAAAUUUAGCUGGUUUCAAGCAAACAGGCUGUCUUUGAACAUUUGUUAUAGGUCAAAUUUGAUUUCAGGUUACAAUUUUUUAACCUAGGUCUCAAUUUCCUUUGUCUUCUAGGGCUAGGAGAAGGAAAUUGAGAAUCCACCUAUACUAGCUUAAAUCUAAGUUAACCUGAAAUCAAAUUUGACCUGUGACAUAUAUACAAAAGACCAUUUGUAUGAUAUUUAAGCCGUGAUACCAGAAUUGCUCUUUGUCAAAAUCAUUAGAAAUCAGUGACAAAACUUUAGAUUGGAUUAACAGUAGACGUCCUUUCUAGCAGCUGCAGUGUAUUUUUACAAACCAGCCAUCUUGGAAAGCACAAAUUUGUCAUGUUGCCUCUAAGUUAGCUAAAACAAUAAUACUCUCUACCUAAGAAAUUUCUUCUCUCGCUUCACUUGUUUAUCUGUAUUUACAGUACUCCAACCCAAGGCUCAAAAUAACGGACAGCAGGUCGCCGGUCAUGAUGACCGGCCAAAUAUUUUUUAGCCCGGACAAACCCCGAUUUUGGCCGGUCAAAUUAAUGAAUAUUAUAAUUACUUUGUUGCCCAUGGAAUAUCGAAUUACGCUGGCAGUACGGCAUUGUCGUUAGAGUUUUUGCCGGCAAGUUGGUGAAAAAUUCAUUCACAGGUGGUUGAGUUCCUUUCCGCGAUUUUCGCCCGUUUUAUGUCCGUUUAUAUAUACCUUCAGCAUCAUCGUACGGCGGUGUCGGAAGUCUCCAAGGUUCAUCCUAUAUCUGCAUAUCCGUGAAUCUUGAUCCUUUUCGUUGCCCGGCACGUGAUCGAAAGUCUCCUCCACAAAGAAGAAUUUCGUCGCUAAAUAUUUGCGACAAAGAAGUUGAUUUGGCAAGAAAUUUGUUCCACAAACAGGGUAUUCGUCAUCAGAAGUCAAUAAAUAUACAGGAAAGCUUUCAUUUGGGUCGUCGCGCAACACUUUUCGCGAACGGCUUAUCAAGAAGGAGGAUUUUAAGCGCCGAUAUAGCAGAGAUAGGCGAUGUUCGUUAUCAAUUAGCUUAGUUUUUAUCAGACAAUUCUGGAAUCGAGUCUGCAAACGAGAUUAUGUUCGACGAAAAGAAAUUUUAUAAUUAAUCGAUGCGCUGAAAUUUAUUCGCAGAGAAACAGUACAGGACGAGCGAUCGACUAGCCCGAAUUCCGUCGAAGGUGAUUUUCACAAUCCUGUUACAAGUAGAUGUGAAACGUUUGAUGGACAAAAACUGUCACUCAUCCUUUAGUUUUCUAAAAAAUAACAGAUUAUUGUUAGCGAAUGUUUUCCCAAAGAAGGUCGCAUUACUGAUCACAGCAAAGCAGAACGUUUUUCUUUAAAGGGUUUAGUGCAAAGCAGCAAAAAAAGCCAAAGAAAGCAGCGAAUUACAGCGUUAUAGAGCAAAACGCAUUAAGCGACAAGCAUCCAAAAAUGACCGGUCAAAAUGACCGGCCAGACGAGAGUUUGACCGGUCAAGUCCACGAUCAGGCCGGACAUUGUCCGUUGACCGGCCGUUAUUUUGAGCCCUGCCAACCUAGUCUGGGCUUUAAGUUAUAAACCCAAUUUACUUGGGAUCAUUUUUUUGCAAAAACGCAUUGUUCAAAUAACUGACAACAAAGAUUAUCAAGCUCCUUCAGAACCUAGCUUUAAGAAUUUGAAAAUAUUAAAGGUCUCCGAGAUUAAUUCGGGAUGUUUAUGUUAUCGUAUUGUAACCAUCUAUUGCCUUCCACCUUCGUCAAUCUUUAUAGACCUGAAACUCUUUUUUCAUGGAUACAUUGUACUUGAUUUGAUCAAAACCUUUGACCCCAUAAGUCUCGCACAACCUUAAAACAGUUUACUAGUAUUUCCUACCAAUGCCCACUCUUCUGGAGCUCUUUAAGCAAACAUUUAACUACUAACCAUGACUAGUCUAGCUAAUUUCAAAUUUUUCCUUAAAAUGUGAACUUUUAUCAAAAAUAAUCUAGCUAAAAUGUCAUCCUAUUUUUGUAAGUAAUUUUUGCAUGUAAUUCAGGUGUAUUAUUCUUCUUUUUUCCUGUAUCCUAGUUUAUACUGUAGUUUAUUUUGGAAAAGUGCACCAUCUUUUCGCUAAGGUUAUGUCUACUUAAACUACCAUAAUCUAGGGGGAGCCUGGACCUCAUGUAAGCCCCAGGCUUCCAGUUCAGGCUUCCUCAUCACUAUCCUUUUCAAUAUUUUUGAGCAUAUGUAACCUGUAAAGUGACAAAAGCAAAUAAAUUGAAACCAAUCAAUCAAUCAAUCAACAGGUUGUUGGAGGAGGAAUGCUUGCCACCAUUGGAAGCUCAAUACUCUGCAUGAGUUUGCCAUAUGCACCUGGGCUGAAUGCUAAACACUUAGCUUGGGCUGGUAAGAGCCAAUUAUAGAGACCUUUAAAUUCAAAGGUGAAGGUGACUAUGAGGACAAGAUUCAUUUGACCUUCACAUGUUCUUAAUUUUGUUUCCACCACCACGACAGCCAUAGUAGAGUGAUGACAGCUAACAUGUGAACAUGCCAAAAUGAUGCUGGUUUUUGUCAUGCGCACACAACUCAGUAUAUAGAAAAUCUUAUCCUCGUAGACAUCCUUACCUUACAAUCUAAUUUAGAAUAGAGAGCAAAUACUGUUGCUUGGCGGCAUGUAGCUCCUUUAAACAGGGCUUCUGACAGGUCGUGGAAAAAAAGUCAAAUUUUGCAGGAUUUUUAGAGACAAAUGCGCAGAAAAAGCAGCCCAUUUCAUGGGAAUUUUAGGGGUAAACUUCGCUAGAAAUCAAUUGGUUUUGUGCUUAUCAGACCAGGGUUUUUAACGUUUUUCUAACAGAGGUCAUCAUGUGCUCUUUCAUCAACAAUAUGCUCCAUAAAAUAAUGAACCAAUGGAAAAGCCUAUAACAUUAGGGCCAACCAACCGAGUUUUUCACAACAUAAUCUAUGCCUGGUAGUUUCGCAACGUUGUUUGCACGUUUCGGUGACAAAGUUUCAAGAUAAAUUUGCAAGUUUAAGGAAAGUAAAUAGCUCCAAUAGCUGAGAUAAGUUUCAAAUAUGUUGUACAGACAUGUAAUGAUAAGAUUUCUACCAAAUUUUGUGUUAUUUUGUGUGUUUUUGUGAAUUUCGCUGGAUAUCGUGGAUUUACCUGGAUUUCCUAGCUCCGUGACAAGGUGAAAUAAUUAUCAGAAGCCCUGUUUAAAGGGACACGUACAGCUGUGCAGUGUGAGUAAAGGGCCAUUCUAAUACAGCUGUAGCACAUUUACAACUGUAAUUGGUAGACUGAGGAAGACUAGGGAACCAAACUCUGGGAGAAAAAUGUUUUUGUCAAUACUUGGCAAUUGAUAGUACUUGUCAUCAACCAAGGCGAGCGAGCUGCUUGCCCAAGCUUGAAUUCCUUUUUUUUAAGCCCUGUUAGGGGUCAAAUUUCACACACCCCUUCAAUAAUCAAUGGCAGUUUUUACAUUUGAACAAUAAAUUAAUUUUGCAGGCCAUAGUGCUUUGAUUGGAACUCUCAUUGCUCCAAUGAUGUUACUUGGAGGUCCCUUGGUCCUGCGAGCUGCAGCUGUUACUGGCGGUGUCGUAGGAGCCUUGUCACUGACUGCUGCCUGUGCUCCUGAUGGCAAGUUCCUUACUUGGGGUGGUCCUUUGGCCAUUGGACUUGGUGGAGUUUGCAUGGCCUGCUUAGGUAAAUGGAAUAGGUAUCAUCUUUUGACCGUCUUGUGAAGAUGAAGUGAAACCAGCUUGUUUUUGAUACUUUUGAAUUUCAGGUUGAUAUUUACUGCACUUCAGCCAUUUUGAUUUACAUUUUGUCAAGUGCAAAUUCUUAUUACAGAUUCUACUGGAAUAUACCAUAUUAUUUUUUUCAAACACUGAGAUGACUUGCAAUAUUACAGGCCUGGUGCUCCUCUUUUUAUCUCAUGAACAGUACAAAUGUAGAAGUCAUGUACUUGGCCAAACUGGAAAUAUGCAUUAUUUUUGUAAAGGUUACUAAGUAGGUACAUUGUACAAGUACUGUUUUAACAAGAAAAAGAAGAAGAAAUUUUCUUAUUGUUAUUAUCAUUAUCAUCAUCAUAUUCAUCAUUAUCAUUAUCAUCAUCAUCAUUAUUAUUAUUAUUAUUAUUUUAUUUAUUUAUAUAUUUUUUUAAGUUACUUUUUUCAGUAAUCAACUGUCUGCUUAAUUGAUUCUUGUAGUGAAGGAGAUUAUUCUUUGUCUUUAUUUAGGGACACUAUUCUUGCCUGCAACAUCAGUGGUGGGUGCUGGACUUCAGUCAGUUGUUACAUAUGGAGGUCUGGUUAUUUUUGGAGGAUUCAUGUUGUAUGACACACAGAAAAUCAUCAGAACAGCUGAGACGUAUCCUGUUUAUGCUGAGAGGCCUUUUGACCCCAUCAAUGCGUAAGUGGACUGUGUCAUUAUAGAUCAUAAAUAGCAGGUUAAUUUACAGCAUGUAAUUUAUAAUGGCCCUUUGGCCUGAAAACAACCAAUGACUGAUUAAGUAGGACAUGCAUUGUACAAGGUUGUUCUUUAUGAAAACAUCUAGGGAGCCAAAUGUUCUACACUAUAAACCUGUGAAAUGCAGGUUCAUUUGAUUUUUAUUUUAUUAUAUCCAUCACAACACAUAUGACUACCAGUUACAUUUCAUUGGUUUAUAAAGGCAGGAGAUCUUAGCAAACCAUAUUAGACCUUCCAAAGAAGAUCCCCAGUCAGGUUAAACCAGCAUAUGAUUUCCAUGCAAAAAAAACUGAGACUUCGUAGUCACCUAAGAGCGCAAGUAAAGUGCUGUAAGAGGCACAGCCCUGGUACUUGUAUUACUGAGAAAACAACUAAUCUACCUUUUGCACAUUCUUUUUUUUUUUUUAUCAAAGAUGUUUUGUUGUUGUUGUUGUUGAAUGGAACUUCCUCAGCCGUGUUAUCACAUGGUGUUAUUUUCAUUCAUUUUUUUAUAAUACUAUUGAUAAUAUUUAUUUCUAAUAUGUAUCAUUAUAUUUAUUUAAAUCCAUUCACUUAUUUCUUUUACUGCUUGAUUAUCCUAUUACAGGUCUAUUGGUAUUUACAUGGACACCAUCAAUAUUUUCAUCAGAAUUCUUACCAUCAUGGCAUCUUCCAACAGUCGCAGAAGGAAAUAAUUUAACUGUGAUUCUUUCUUUGCUCAAUUGCGUGAAGCAGCUUGAUCACCAGAUUUAUACCUGAGCAAACAGUUGACUGAAACUGAUGGAAGAAUUGAUUCUCUUUACAGUUUUAUUUCUGUAAUAUUCUAUCAAGAAAAUUAUCACAGAAGAUUCCAAUUUACAUUGUAUGUAGUGUGGCUCAAUUAUUUUUAUUGGUUUAAAUUUUGAUUUUCCUUUGUUUCAAACUCGCUAUUAUACAUUACCAUCCCCCAAAACAAAGGAAAUGGUUAUUUAAAACAAGGACAAAAUUGAACCACAACAUAAUUAUAUUGUACAUGUAUUGCCCACUGUAAAAGGCCUUCGGCUUAUACGGCAUAUAUGCUUAGUUGGCACCUUUUCCCUCUUUCUUUCUUUUUCUAUUUUUUUGAGUUUUUUUGCAUAAUGAUGUAUAUUUAGGCCUGGAAUAGAAAGGGAACGCUUUAAGCCGAGUAGACUUGUACAGUUCUCCUUAUUAUAAAGAAUAUUGUAGUUGGUUUUCGUGAAACGUUAGCUUGUGGUCGUUUCCUUGAGGCUAUGCGUUUUGUGUGCAUGGAUAAUUAUUGAAAGUUUAUUACGUGUGCAGACGCUGCUAUUGACUAAAUGGACGAAAGGAGACGAUCACGUGAUGUUGCUACCCUACCUAAAAUAAAUGAAUUUUUAUCAAGGAGCCAGCUGGAUUCUAAAUUUCUACUUUCUGACCACUUACAAUCUGCUUGUAGUUGUUUUCUCUCACGAUUUUCUCACUCCAUACAGUGAGCUCACAAG